AUGGGCAGUUCAAGUUCAAAGAGUGUGAAUAAAAGUGGAAAUAUGAGGAUUGAUGGAACCAACAGUAACUUCACAGCAGGAAAAAGGUUGUGUGUGCUCAUUGUGGAUGAUGACCCUGUAAGUCAAAGAAUCCAUAGUGUGUUAUUACGUAGAUUUGGAUUGGAAACCCAAGUAGUGGGAAAUGGGAAAGAAGCUGCUGAUUUGUAUCGCUCAAGGGCAUCAUUCCAUUUGGUCCUUGAAAAUGCCAAUCAUGGAUGGUCCAAAGAUUUGUAUUUUCAUUGUUCUUCCCGUCAUCUAGAAGUUGAUAAAAGAAACAAACAUCAAUUACAGAUAAUUAUUGUACAUAAUAUGGGAAUGAAAAUUGAAAAGUUCAUAAUAUUGAUUGAUUCAUCAUGGGCAACAAGGGAGCUUCGUGCCAUGGGAGUGAAUAGCAUGAUUGUUGGGAUGACUUCACGUGAUCAAGAUUCAGAGAAGCUUGCAUUCAUGGCAGCUGGUUUGGAUGAUUGUCAUGCGAAACCGUUGACUGUUGAUACAAUUACUUCCCUUCUGCAAGAGCUUAAUAAGAAACAUUGA